UCCCGUUAACUUGGUGCUGGCUUGAUCUCAUAUUCGUGAAGCCGGCGUCGUUUUACAGCUCGAAACGCCAUACUACGAGUACUCGUCGAAGUCCUCUGCCUGAGCCCAUUUAUUUCUCUCCCCUCUCUCUCUGGUCUUUUUUGUCUGAGGACUGAGAAAGAAACGCAAUUACAGCUAAUAGUCCGAAUCAUCGAUUAAUAACAACAAAGUGAAGAUGAAGGUAAAGAUGCGCUUCAUUGCCGUGGUGCUGUGCGUUUUGUGUCUACUCUCAGAAUCAAUUGUUAGAUCAGCAUCUUCUUCUCCCAAGAACCAAUUUCUCGGAAUUUCUCCCGAAGAUGAGAAAUACUACAAAUCAUCGGAGGUGAUAAAAUGCAAAGAUGGAUCCAAAAAAUUCAGCAGAGCUCAGCUCAACGAUGACUUCUGCGAUUGCCCUGAUGGCACCGACGAGCCUGGUACAUCUGCAUGCCCAGGUGGAAAAUUCUAUUGUCGGAAUGUGGGACACACACCUCUCCUGUUAUUUUCAUCUAGAGUGAAUGAUGGAAUUUGUGACUGCUGUGAUGGGAGUGAUGAGUAUGAUGGUAAAGUAAACUGCCCAAAUACAUGUUGGGAGGCUGGGAAAGUGGCCAGAGAUAAGCUGAAAAAGAAGAUUGCUACUUACCACGAGGGGGUUUCUGUAAGGAAGCAUGAAGUUGAACAAGCCAGAGUAGCUAUGGCCAAAGACGAGGCAGAACUAUCAAAGUUGCAAAAUGAAGAGAAAAUACUGAAAAGGCUUGUUGAACAGCUGAAAGAGCGUAAAGAACAAAUAGAGAAGGCAGAAGAGAAGGAACGGUUACAGAAGGAAAAAGAAGAGCAGGAGAGAAAAGAAGCCGAAGAGAAAGCUAACCCGGAGAAAACCAAAGUUGAAGAGGAAAUUAAGCACGGCAGAAGUGAGGUUGAGGAGAACUCUGACGGUGAACAUAAACCUACAGAAAGUACAUACGAAGAUAAAAUUGGGAUUUUGGAGGAUUCUCAUUCAUAUCAGGAUACAGCAGAGAAACAUGAUGACUUAGCUGCCAAAGAUGAUCAUAUUGAUACUCCUGAACAUAAAGGAUCUUUGGUUGAGGGUGUAGAACAGCAUGCAGUAAAGCAGAAGGAAGAGUCUGUUGCUAUAUCUGAAACUGACUCUGAUUAUGGGAGCAAGGUGCCUCCUGAUGAGGGCAAGGAUGCAUCAGAAAAGACUGAGUCAUUGUCAAGGGAAGAGUUAGGCCGCCUAGUUGCUUCUCGUUGGACUGGGGAAGAUGCCUCAAAGGAAGGAGGGGACGUUGAUAAUGCAAAAGAUAAUGAUCAUGAAGAUCAUGAAGAGGCGCCAAAGGACACCCAUGAGGGGGAGUAUGAUGGCUAUGCUUCAGAAACUGAUGAUGACAACCAACGAUAUGAUGAUGAAGAUGUAGAUGAUGAUUUUGGAGAGGCGGAUCAUGGCGAUUCUGAUUCUUCAUACAAAUAUGAGUCAGACACUGAUUCAGAUUUGUCAGAUGUAACAACCUCAACAUCUUGGUUGGAGAAGAUACAAAAAACUGUGCUGAACCUCCUACAGGCUGUUAAUGUAUUUCAGACUCCAGUGAACCGAUCAGAAGCUGCUAGUGUACGGAAGGAGUAUGAUGAAUCCAGUGCCAAGUUGUCUAAGAUACAUUCAAGAAUAUCAAGUUUGACACAAAAGCUAAAACAUGAUUUUGGGCCAAAUAAGGAGUUCUAUUCAUUCUAUGAUCGUUGUUUUGAAAGCAAGCAGAAUAAGUAUGUUUACAAAGUAUGCCCAUAUAAACAAGCUUCCCAGGUGGAGGGCCACUCUACAACUCGUUUAGGGAGCUGGGAAAAAUUUGAGGACUCAUAUAAAGUCAUGGUCUUUGCAAAUGGUGAUAAGUGCUGGAAUGGGCCCGAUAGAAGUUUGAAGGUCAGACUUAAGUGUGGAUUGAAAAAUGAGGUUGCUGAUGUUGAUGAACCAAGCCGUUGCGAGUAUGUAGCAUUGUUAUCUACUCCAGCCCUUUGCUUGGAGGAAAAACUUCAGGAACUGCAACACAAAUUAGAGUUGUUGAACAAAGAACAACCGCAAGGCCACGAUGAACUUUAAAUUGUGGUGAUGGGUUUACACAGCAAGGUGCAGCUGGCUGGAGUGAUCUUAUGUUAUGUUUAUCUUAAAUGAUAAAUGGAUGCUACACGUUGCCUUUCAGAGAGGUGGUUUGAAGGAUAUCAAGCAAGUUUUCGAGUGGUGGCGUCAUCCCAUCCCCUGAAAUUGAAGAGUCCUUUGUUUUCUGGAUGGAGGCUGUGAUGGGAGAGCCCUUAAAAUGCAAAAUGUGACUUGGCAAAAACUGAUAUUGAAAUGAAUGAUAUGAUCCUCUCUCCUCUUUCCUCAUCCGUCAGAUACAUUUUUUGAAAUGAGCUUAGAGUAGUAAUUCGAAAUAUGAUAAUAUAAGAUACAAAGUAGUUGUCUCUGAAUUUCCCGCACUAUCUGAAUAUUUUUACCGAGCCCCUCCCGGGGAUUUUAUUUA